CUUCUCCAUGAUCAUCACUACUCCUCCAGCUCUCGCUCCGCCAACAACAUGAAGGUGACCGUCGCCGUGUGUCUGCUGGCUGUGGCUGGGGCAGCGCUCGCCCGCCCUCAAUACCAACACGGACCGCCCGUCGCCUACAGGCCCGCGCCUUCCUAUAACGAGGUGCCCCGCUACGCGUUCGACUACGGCGUGCGGGACAACUUCGGCAACGACUUCGGCCACCAGGAGAGUCGUGACGGCUACAACACCAAGGGCUCCUACUACGUGCAGCUGCCCGACGGCCGCCUGCAGCGCGUCAACUAUUACGUCAACGGUGACUCAGGAUUCGUGGCGGAGGUCACCUAUGAGGGCGAGGCACGCUACCCAGCCUACAGCCCCGCCCCAGCCUACAGACCCGCCCCAGCCUACAGUCCCGCCCCAACCUACACCCCAGCCCCGCAUUACGGCUGAACAAACCCAUCACCCCAUCCCAGCCCGUCACCCUCGCCCAGACUGUCCCUCGCCAAAACACAACGCACAAAGGUGUCUCCGCAAUAACUGAUAUAUUCGAAUGUAUAUAUUUUUGUACAAGAAACUGGCGAAUAAAAUACGUAUGACCGAUUGACGUGAUGCCAAAAC